CGCGUAUUUGUUAAGUAUAUAAUGUCCAACGUGCUUGGUUAAUUUAUCAUUCGUUCGAAUACUUUGCAUACGCAAGUAAGAGUUGGAAGUUAAUUAUAUUUUUAGAAUAACUUUAUUUUAUUUUUUAUAAAAAUGAACUUCGCUAAGAUUUUCUUUUUCCUGUUUGCCGUGUUCUUGGCUACAACGACGGUGUCGGCAGCUCCCAAAUGGAAAAUCCUUAAGAGAAUCGAGAAAAUGGGAAGAAAUGUCAGGGAUGGCAUCAUCAAAGCAGGCCCUGCUGUAGAAGUUGUGGGACAAGCUGCUACAAUUUACAAGACUGGAUAAAGAAAUCGCUAUAGUCUAUAAAU